GUAGUACUGGAAAUUCCCACAGCACGCGAAUCUCGCAUUUAGUCACCGAAAGGACUCGACUUCAAAGCGAAGCCAGAUGUUGUACAACGCUAGCGCAGUGUCGCCCGGCGAGCGGCGGCGGGCGGUGGCGGCCCUGGAGCGACUGGGGUCCAAGCUGGCGGAGAGGGAGGAGUGGCGGCGGCACGGCCUGCGCGUGGCGGCGCUGAAGGAGACCCUGGACAGUCCGCUCUUCACGCACGUGCUCGAUUUGCAGCACGCCAUAGCGCAGCUCAGGAAGCAGUUGAGCGUGACACCUGCGGGGGACGACGACCGUGACUUGGCUGUUGAUACCUUCAUGACGGUGAGCGCCGGCUCAGAAGCGCCUGCCCUCGAGGCCCCGGCCAGCCGAGAGGCCCUGCCUACACUCGGUGCCCCGCCCUCGCCUCAACUCCUUGACCAGUGGAUCAAGUCGGCGGCCGGCGGCCGCCACACGGAGCAUGUACGUUUAACCCGCCCGCCGUCAGGCGGUCUGGGCUUCAGCGUGGUGGGCCUUCACCCGGGAAGCGGUGGCCACGGCGUCUUUGUCAAACACGUCCAGCCGGGAGGCGCGGCCCACAGGGACGGACGUCUCCGGGCACGGGAUCAGAUCCUCACUAUAAAUGGGCACCCCCUGGAGGCGGGCGUCAGUCAGCAUCAGGCUCUAGCUUUGCUGCAGCAACCCGGCGGGACGGUUCAAAUGACUGUUGCCAGGGACCGCCCACUGCCGUCGCCACUGUCGCCGGCAUCGGACAUAAACACGGAGGAGUGGACCGACGUGGAGGAGAUCCGGUUGGUCAACGACGGCUCGGGUCUGGGCUUCGGCGUGGUAGGCGUCAAGAACGCCGGCGUGGUGGUCCGCACGCUGGUCAGGGGCGGCGCCGCCGACAGGGACGGGCGUCUCCGCACGGGCGACCGUAUCCUUCGCAUCGGAGCCACGCCUGCCAAGGGCCUUGGCAGCGAGGAGGCGGUGGAGGCGCUGCGGGCCUGCGGGACUCACGUCACCCUGCUGGUCGCCAGGGACCCGUGUGGUGGGAGGGCCCCGCCCCCGCCGCCGCCUGACUCCGCCCCUGUGGUCGCUCCACCGCCGCCGCCAGACUCCACCCCUGUGGUCGCUCGCCCCCCGCCGCCCGACUCCGCCCCCGUGGUCACUCUGUCUCCGCAGCAAGCUCGGCGGCGUCCUAGCAAGACGCCCAACUUGGACGGCUAUGAGAUCCAUGAAGUGGCGCUCACCAAACAAGAUGGCCAGAGCCUGGGGAUCUCCAUCAUUGGACACAACCCCCUUAGCAGUCAAGACGCGGUGGGCGUGUACAUCAAGAACGUGUUGCCGGGUAGCGCCGCCCAUUACAGCGGCAACAUCCGAGUUCAAGACCGCCUCAUUGCCUUGGACGGCGUCAGCCUCCACGGUCUGACCAACCAGGAAGUGGUGGACGUGAUGAAAGGCACGGGACGCACCGUCGUCCUCACGCUGGUCCGCAAGAAGAACGGUGCCGGCGUAGUGGAGUCUUCCGUCGGGUCAGCGCGGAGGUCAGCGGAGUUGAAAACUCGCCGGGCGUCUUUGGACACACAAAACGCAAGCAACGGUUUUGAAGCCGAUCUGAAGGCCAAGUGGCAGGAAGUUCUCGGUCCCAACUACCAAGUUCUGGUGAUCGAGUUGCACCCCUCAAUCCAAGACGACGACACCCAGCUGCAAAAAUCCUCCAAGCUGCUUCCCGUUCACACGCAUCGCCUGGGCGUGGAGUUGGACUCCUUCGACGGCCACCACUACGUCUCGUCGGUGGUGCCCGGCGGCCCCGCGGAGCGCCACGGCGUCCUCAGACCGGAGGACGAGCUGCUCCAGGUGAACGAGGCGCGGCUACACGGAAUGUCUCGUCGAGAGGUGCUCGCCUUCCUCAAAGAAGCUCCGCCCCCUUUCACGCUGGUGUGCUGCCGGCGAACCGCGUCCCACGCCGAAUCGGACGGGGAAUGGGAACCGCGCGGGAGCGGCCUGGACGACUUGGAGAUGAAGUUGGCGUCGGCGCUCGGCGGUCGAGCGAGUGCCUCGCCGGAACGGCGGCAAGCGGAGCGGGCGGAGGAUGCCGAGGAAGAGGCCAUGGAGGACCAAGAUGGAGAUGACCAGCAAGAAGAAGAAGAAGAAGAUGGCGAACUAGCCCUGUGGUCUCGCUCGGUGGAUGUGUUGGAGCUCUCCAAGGAAGCGGGCGGCGGCCUGGGCUUCAGCAUCCUGGACUACCAGGACCCCUUGGAUCCAUCCGGCUGCGUGAUGGUGAUUCGCUCCCUGGUGCCGGGCGGCCCGGCCGAGCUCAGCGGCGCCCUCCUUCCCGGCGACCAGUUGGUUUGGGUCAACGGCGUCCAGCUGGCGCGCUUGAGCCUGCGGGAGGCCGUCGACGUCCUCAAGGGGGCGCCGCCCGGCAUCGUGCGGCUCGGCGUGCGCAAACCGCUGGUGGGUUCCCAACGCGACUUUAGCCAAGGACAAACGCGGGAGGAGGAGGUGGAGCAAGACGAAGGGGAGGGGCUCGUCCCGGACGCCCAAACUCUCCUGGACGAGGGCAGGGAGAUGGCGGUGGAUGAGGAAGAUGAAGAGGAGGCCGGCUCCCUCGGCAAAGCUCCGCCUUCCCCAGACGAGCGGAAGUCAUUUCCGACUGGCGCAGGGACGUACGGGGACACGGACGCUGAUUCGGAAGUCAGCAGCGUGACAGAAGAGGGUUCUAGCAGCAGGAUGAUUGACACAGAGAAGCGGAGGAGGCGGAGCCAAGGAGGAUUUGCUACCACCAGAAAAGGGCAGAGGGACCUUCCCGAGAGAGAGGAGGGUGAAGGCGAGGAAACCCCCGAGUUUAGUCACUGGGGACCCCCGCGCAGGGUGGAGGUGCGCGCCAAGCGCGGCGAGUCUCUGGGCCUGAGCAUCGUGGGCGGCCGCCACGUCAUCAAGCGUCUUCGCAACGGAGAAGAGCUGAAGGGAAUCUUCAUCAAGAACGUGGUCCGCGGGAGCCCCGCCGCCACCGCGCGCUCUCUCCACACAGGGGACAAGAUCCUCCAGGUUUCGGGCGUGGAUCUACGAGCAGCCACUCACGAAGAAGCGGUCGACGCCAUCAAAUCGGCCGAAAGUCCGGUCGUCUUCGUCGUCCAGAGCCUGUCUACGAACCCGCGGAUGGCAAGAUCGGUCCCGCCCCCUCUGCGGGAGCCGCCCCCUUACAGACCUCCCGGCCAAUCGGAGGCCCGCCAAGAUCGCUACGGCGACCUGCGGGGGGAGCUGCUACGUGUGGAACUAUCCAAGGAAGCGGGCCGCGGACUGGGCCUCAGCCUGGCCGGGAACCCGGAGCGCCGCGGCGUCUUCGUGGCCGGGCUGCGAGCGGGGGGAGCCGCCGCCCUCGACGGACGCCUGCGUGUCGGCGACCGCUUGCUGGAGGUCAACGACCGGGUCCUCGAAGGGCAGAGUCACCAGAAGGCCUCGGCCGUCAUCGAGAACUCCGCCUCCGAGGUCAAACUCCUCCUACUCAGGCCGUCGCUCUACGGAGACGGUGCCCGGCGGACGACGAUCACGCCCGCCCCCCCGCCGCCCGAGAGCGUUUCUCCGGAGGACGCGUCGGAAUGGCCACGCCCGCCGGACGGCGACAUGCUCCGCCCCCCCUCGGGCGAAGAUACGGACCCGGAGAGCCACGAGGGCGCGGCCGGCUGCCUCCAGAAGAACGAGAAGGGUGACGAGGACGCGCCGGGACGGCAGGUAACGAGCGCGUCGUCACGGCAACGCUGGAACGGCGCAGGCGUGACUGUCUUUUGUUCGAUGGUCACCCAACGGAAGAGCGAGGGGUCACGCGGGGCGUCCGGGGCCGUUUCGCGUGACGACGACAACGACGACAGUGACGACAUCAGUAAAGGUAGCCCCGCCACCCGGGAGCCGGCCGUCCUCCCCGGCCGAGAGACCACCUUGGAGAUCCGCAAGGGUCGUUCGGGCCUCGGCCUGAGCGUGGUCGGCGGCCGAGACACGCAGCUGCGAGCCGUGGUGAUUCUCGAAGUCUACGAAGACGGCGCAGCCGCCAAAGAUGGCCGCCUGAGGCCCGGCGAUCAAAUUCUGGAGGUGAACGGCGUGGAUCUCCGGCGGGCGUCUCACCAGGAGGCCAUCUCGGCGUUGCGGCGGCCGUCUUCCAAAGCCGUGAUGACGGUUCUGCGGGAGCGAGGUCGGCGGCGACGGCGACGCCGGCAAGACUCCGGCUCGCCGAUUUCCCGCGUCGACUCGUCGGGGUUGACCCCGCGGCGCGUCGUAGGUCACCGCCCCCUCCAAGCCGUUUCCUGCCGACGGCCGGACGACGACGGCAGAGCAAGAAGUGUCGUGACUCCUCCUUCUGACGUGACGUCACAAGAAGAAGAAGAAGAAGGAGACGACGACCGCAACGACCGUGAAGACGUCACCUCCGAGGACGCGGGUGUCCAUCUUCGCACCGUGCACAUCAGCAGGGGUGCGGGUGACUCCCUGGGGCUGAGCAUCGCAGGGGGGCGGGGCAGCCCUCUGGGGGACGUCCCCGUCUUCAUCGCCAUGAUUCAACAUCACGGCGCGGCGGCCAACACGCAACGCCUGAAGGUCGGCGACAGGAUCGUCAGCAUCGACGGCCGAUCCGUGGAGGCCAAGUCGCACGAUGAAGUCGUCGACAUGUUGAAAGAAACGUCCGGAAACAUCCGUCUGCAGGUUGUAGGGGACACCAACGUGGCCGCCAUUUUGAGUCAGGUGGAGAAUUUGUCCAGCAACUCCACUCUUGUCAACGCGGAAAGUGACCGCGCGCAUACACGAGGAGCCAAUCGGCGUACGAUUGUCGUGGAGAAGACCGGCGAGGGCUUUGGCUUCAGCGUUGUCGGAGGGGUCGGGAGCGUGCACGGUGACCUGCCCAUCUAUGUCAAGACUGUCUUCAACAAGGACGCGGCCGACGGCUUUCCAAAACGCGGCGAGCAAGUGUUGUCGGUGAAUGGAGAAAGUCUGGAAGGGGUCACGCACCAGCAGGCCGUGGCCAUCUUGAAGAAACACACGGGAAGUGUCACACUUGAGCUACUGUCCUAACACAUGACCGCACGCCAGUAGAUUGCACAUACAAAACGAGCAGCAAACCUCACUAUUGCACAAUUGUUAGCUCACGGUUAGCCAUAUAUCGCUAAUAAUGACACUGUCAAUCUCAAGAUGUCAUCACACCGAUGUUCCUAGGUCUUUAUAUAAUAGUAAAUCAAGUUGUGACAUAUUCUACUUUGUAUAGUUUUUAUUUUGUAUUAAUAUUUGUUUUUUGAACACAAAAUAUACAAAUUGUAAGGACACAACAGAGAAAAUAAAGCCA